UGACAACGUUCCGAGUUUCCGGCGGAACUAUCGGCGCUGGUGUUGUCUUUGAUGGCUGCUCGUGUGUUGCUGCAGCAAUGUUUCUCUGCCCGGCUGCAAGUGAAGGAGGUAGAAGAAGGCGCGGCGGCUGAAUGGGUUCAGAUUCAAAGAGGGGCAUUAAUCUACGUCUGCUUUUUUAAAGGUGCUACUGUUGACAUUAUUCCCAAAAUGGUCAGUACGCUGUUGAAUGUGAAGCUGUGUGAGAGCAAUGAAGGCAACUAUGUGUCAAUGCUGGAUCUACCUGCUAAUGUUAUCAUUAUACCUCAGGCCACAUUGGGUGGCAAACUCAAGGGGCGUAACAUGCAGUACCAUUAUAACAUUGGAAAAGAGGAAGGAAAAGAACUUUAUGAACACUUUGUUGCUGUAUGUGAAAAGGAAUUUGCCUCAAAUGCUAAAUGUACUGAAGCAGGAGUUGUGGUCAGACAUGGGACCUAUGGGAUCAGACAAGUGCUGCAAAUGGAUACCAAUGGACCAUAUACUCACUUGAUUGAAUUUUAAAACAUGAUUUCACAAUUCAGAAA